UUUCAAAUCAAGAUCUUCCAAAUGUAAACUAUGGAAGAAUUGUUAAAAACUAUUUGACAAUCGGACAAAAGUUGAACUAACGCUAAAUUUAAAUCGGGCAUCGCGACGUUAAGCUCGGUUGUUGGUGUAAAGUGUCGUGGCGCGAUAUUUUCAACAAUUCCCAUUAAAUCGAAUAGAUUUAGUGCAGUAAAUGAAUGGAAAAUGGUAGUUUACACGCGUAUAUAAUGAUAUUAAUUGAAAAGUGGUUUGUGAAAAAAAGGAAACGUGUGCAUACGUUUAAAUGCAUCUAAGAUAUUCCACAUUAUUUUAAACAUCUCUGCCUAAAAAUAACACUUAAGAAUACCCGUUUAAUAAGGUCAUUGCUGGUCGAGGAGGGUUUUCCGAUUAAUCAUUUAUCAUGAGUGCUAUAAUAUGAGUAUAAAACACCAAGAAUCAUCAAUAGCUGGCAUUGGACAAAGUCCUGGCUGUGAUCCAAAAACAUCCAAACGUAGCAGUGGCCUCUUUUCCUUCUUUAAGUGGUUUAAACCUUCCGUUUCUCGCGAAUCCGUAACCCAAGAGGUGAGUUCUUCCAGCAGCUGUGAUAGUUUAAAUUCCAUUAGUAGUAGCGGAACAAUCGCCUCGUUUUCGUUUGUUCCUGCGAGUGAUUAUAAGAUUGAUGUAACGCAAAGGAAUAUCGUUCCCGGUCCCGAAACUGACACAUACCGAGCAAGACUGAAGCAACGCGAUAAAAGGAGAGAAUGUGAUAAAGAUCUAACGUUACGAAAAAAAUAUAAUUUAUUCUUCAGUCGCGAUACCGUUCUAAAAGUCUCUCCAACUUUUUCUGAAGAAUCCGACAAUAGCAAAAGUUUACCUCUGAUGACGCGCAAAACUGAAAAUGAGGAGGAAAAGUUGCACCGCAGAACAAACAGCGAAUCGUCGAAAAUAAAAAAAGCCGGGGCUUAUUGUCACGUUAAGGGGAAACGAAAGGCUCCUCCUCCUCCCGCCGUCAAAAUUUUCGAUGGAAAUUCGUCGCUGAGUUUAAGGAGGAAAAAACGAUUGGCCCCGCAACCUCCGGUAGCAGUAACGGCAAAUAAACUAAUUAACUCGUUUUAUGGCGAUAGUAAAUACGACACAAUAGAAUACGCGGACGCGGACGUCAUCUUUAACGACUGCCUCAAGUUAGACCAUGGCAUUUUGAAAUCGGCCAAAAACACGGACCAGGAACCGUUGAGUAAAUCGCCAAGAUCGAGUUACAUGGAGGCACCGGUAUCCCCAAGACCGUGGUACAAAAGAAAUCUUUCUCGUGACAGUGGAGUAAUUGCAAAAAAGGACAAAGAAGAAAAGUACGAGCCUCUUGAAAGGUUGCCAGAUGUUCAGUACUCAAGAAUCUCUAGUAUCACGGACGUAACGGUCGAAGACCCAAAGGCGAACAAAAAGAAAGACGAUAAACGUAAAUCCGGUAUCGCGUUUCUUACUAAUAUAAGUGAAUUAGAUCGCGAAGCUUCCGAAAUUAUAAAGAAAGAGCAUCAAAGUGAUAAUAAAGAAGCCGACAUUCCUCAGUUUAUGCGUCCGAAGCAAGAGCUAAACAAAAGCACAGACAGCUGGAUGUCGCCUAAGAGAAAAUCCGCGAGAGAUCUAAUCGCCAAAUUUAACGCCAUUACAAAUGUGACCAAAGUAACGGUGAACUCGAGUUUCUUCGGCGCUAGAGAAGUCGGCGCAUUUCCAAAAGAGAAUUUCAAACGGGAAUAUUUUGGUAAAAUCGGAAAUGAGCAAACGAAAGAAACGGAAGUUAAGAAUGUCGAAAAAAGCGUAAGUGACAAAAUUCCUCUGGCCAAAUCCGAGAGUUCCGUAAUUAAAUAUAAGGAUUCUUCGAAAUUGGACAAAAAAAGUUGGUACUGUCCCAAGUGUUCAUUGGAAAAUGACUAUUGGAGAAUAAUUUGUUACGUGUGCUCGACCAUUAAACCGUAUUUCGAUGAUUUAACAUCGCCUCCAGCUAAAAUUAGCUCAAACACGCUCGAAAAGAAUAAAACAGAAAAUUCAGAAAUAAAACAUUUUCCGCCUGGUACAAGUUCAGAUGCGUCUAAAAAUACACCCUCAUUUAAUUUUGUUAAUGGUGGCAUAUUCGAGAGAAAUUUAGAACGAUCUAAAACGCAAAUUGGGUUUUCGGCAUUAGCGAAAUAUAACGAGACUAAAGACAAAAAUCGAAAAUUCGUCAAGUCGGUGUCGUCGGAGGACAAGCCGGUACAAAACUCAUCCGUCGAUAAACAAGGAGAAAAGGAAAGGUUGAAGAAAAUGUUGAUUGAAAUGAAAAAUUCUUUACCGAAGCGCAAACACAACUUUACCGAAAAACAGUCCAAUCGAGCCAGCAUCAUACAAGAAAAUAUCGAGACCGAAAUCGAAAAGAAAACGCCGGAGGAAGACACCAGCGAGAAAAUCGCCGAGGUCACAAUAAUGACCCAAGAAACCGUCUACGAAAAUAUAAAGGUGAAAAAGACCGACAACCCGAAACCGAUAAAGGUAACGGCGACGGCACAGACUAGUAGCGCUGGCGAAAUACAGCCCAUGGGGGCGGCACAAAAACAGGAAGUGAAUAAAAAAUUCGAAUUAAUGCGUCCAAAGGACUUUGCCAACAUUUACAACGUAAAGACUGAUAAACCCAGCCAACAUAUUUACUCUAAUUUAUUAGAAAAUAAAGAUCUCUUCCUAAACAUGCCAGUGAGAUUUAACGAAAUUAAAAAUAGCCUAGGUAACAAUACGGACACUUUGGAAAUAAAUCGAUUACUAAAACGACUGGAGACCUCAAUCGCCAGGGGAGAGUUAAGUGAGGCCUCCAAUUUCGCACGAGAAUUAGCGCAACUAAAAGUGAAUUGUUCUGUUAUACGUCAAAAAUCUAUUGAAAAUCAACAAGUACCCAAAGCGAAACCAGGCUUCACUGUUGAUAUGUAUGUCGAAGAUAAAGUUUCUCACAGAGGGCCGUUCCAAAUUAAUGUAGGCGAAGAUCAUACGGUUGCCGAAUUGAAACUUCAAGUGGAGAAUGAGUUUCAAAUACCUGUUGUCGUUCAAAGAUGGAUUUUGGGAAACGAACUUGCAACCGACGACAGCACUACUUUGAAAGAUUUAAAUAUAACGCCGGGGUGCUCAAUAUUUUUGUAUUUGGUCGCUCCUACAAACGAUCAUAAGACGGAGAAAGAGAAACCUGAAACGAAAAUUGUGGAACCGGCAAUCACUCAACCUGCAGAGAAAACUGAACCGGUGCUUGAGAAGGACACCAACGCCCAUGGGGGCAAUGAGGAGAAUGCGGUUGCAAAUGAAAAAGUCCCACUGACGAAUGAUAAGGACGAUGCUGAACAGGAGGCAGCUACAAAUAUACUCGCCAAACCGAAAAACUACGAAGAUCUCGAGGAGUACGACUCACACACCUUGAAACCUCAGAAUAGUAAAACGUGGGAAUGCGGAAUGUGUACCUUCAUCAACGAACAAUCCAUUAACGUUUGCGCGAUUUGCGCCACGGUGAGAAAAACAAAUUCGACGCACGGAAAAUCCACACAUACGCGCAACAAGAGGAAAGCGCCCCAGCCCACCGUGCAAAAACAGCAACACUAUCUGCAGUUGCUUAAUCUGGACAACGCGGAUUUAGUGGAAAACGGCGAACCGUUCGACUGUCUCGUGUGCUUGACCGAAAUAAACUCACGGGAGGGAGUCACGCUGCGGGAAUGCCUCCACCAAUUUUGCAAAAACUGCUUGGCGCACACGAUCGAGUUCACGGAGGAUGCGGAGGUGAAGUGCCCCUAUCGAGACGACGAAUACUCGUGCGAUAUUUCGCUGCAAGAUAGGGAAAUCAAAGCGCUGGUUACGACCGAAGUGUACGAGCAGUUCUUAGCAAAAUCCGUCGCGCAGGCCGAAAAUAGGAUCGACAAAUCCUUCCACUGUAAAACACCCGACUGUAAAGGAUGGUGCAUUUUUGAGGACAACGUCAACGAAUUUCAUUGCCCUGUGUGUAGAAGAACUAACUGCUUAACGUGCCAGGCAAUCCAUAUCGGGCUCAACUGCCGAGAGUACCAAGAGCAGGCGAACGAAUCCGUUACGGACGAAGGGACUAAGCGAACUAAGGAAAUGUUAGAGGAGUUGGUCAACAAGGGGGAGGCGAUCAAGUGUCCAACGUGCCACGUUAUAUUAAUGAAGAAAUGGGGAUGCGAUUGGCUAAGAUGUUCGAUGUGCAAAACGGAAAUUUGUUGGGUGACGAGAGGACCGCGUUGGGGACCUGCCGGUAAAGGUGAUACUUCUGGCGGUUGUCAGUGUGGGGUAAAUGGCAUUAAGUGCCACCCCCAGUGCAAUUACUGCCACUAAACUUUGCGCUGUGUGAGAUUAUGUGAAUGAAGUAUUUUCUAGUCUGAUGUAGACAUUUAAUACUACGUAGGUAUAAUUCUAUAAGUUUAUAAAUAUUUUAUACGAAGUUGAAUUGAUUUAGAGAGUGAUGCGAGAUUCAUAUUUAUAUUGUGUAUAUUAUAAUGAUCAAAUUACUUAUCAGGCAAUGCUCGCACAUAAGCAAAAUAUUUGAAAUAUAUGAUAGAACCCCCCCCUGUUG